AUGGCGCCCAAAUUCGUCUUCGAUAAUGAGAAGUCAUGUGCUGCAGCCCGAAAGAAGUUGGGCGGCCACGGCAAGCGGCUUCUUAAGCACAUGAUGAAGAAGCUGCCCGAUGUCGCUAUCAUCGAGCAGAAUGACGAGCUUCUGCCGGGCGGUGAUCUUCGUACGAAGCGAAAUCGAUGGGCUUAUGAAGCUGUCGAGGAUGCUGGGAAGGGUCGGUGCUUGAGAGAAGGGAGAAUGCGGACACUAGUGGGGUGUCUGGUCUUCCUGAAGAGACUCCGUCCUUCGAAUGGCGACCUUGAAGGCUGGGUGAAAGCUGAAGCGGAUAAGAUCCACUGCAUCCAGAUCAAAUCGGCGAGAUCAAUCAUGCGAAGAAAGCUCAAGAACCGUCCCGAGAGGACCAAUCCCGAAACUGGAGUGGUUGAUCCGAGCCAGCUGGAAACCCAGAUCCUGGAAGAGCCGACCAUCGAUAUGUGCUGCAGCGAGUGGAACGACCUGGUAGUUGAGUUCCCCACUGGAGAAACGCUGCAGACAACUAGCAUGCCCUUGCGCAUGAGCUCACCGGUCUUCGAUGCCAUGCUUACAAGUGGCUUCAGAGAGUCCAAGGACAAGAGAAUCAAGGUCGAUGUGGCUUCUCUUGCUGACUUCGCGGCUUUCUGCAGCAUGAUGCGGCCCGGCGCAUGGUCCGCUUCGAAUGUUAACGAAGACAAUGUAGAGGGACUGCUGCGCAUUUCUGACUACUAUAAGGUCGACUUUGUGAAAGAAGCAUGCGAAGCCAGACUUCUCGAGAUGCCUCUUCUCCCACUGCCGAGACUGCUUCAGGCGCAGCGGUACGGCCUGAAGAUGCUCUUCCGUCACGCAGUGACGCACCUGGCGGAGAAGGGCACCGAGGCCGAGCUGAGGCAACUGAGGAUCUCCAGCCCGGAUGCCAUGCUGGAGGUGGCGCUGCAGAUGCGAGUCCUCCUACAUGCCAAGGCAAAGCAAACUCCGAGGAAGAAGCUUGCGUCUGCAAGCCCGGCGCAACCUCGGCGAAGUCUGAGACUCGCCGCGAAACGCGGGCCUUAG